AUGUGCCAUGGAAUGGUAGCACCAAAGAGCAACACAGGAUCGUCUCUUGCCUUGACUAGCCAUGGGAUAUUUCUUUUGCUAGUUAUCUUUGGUACCUUUAUCUUGGAAACACAGGCCACAGGUUGGCUCAGCAAAUCCAAAGGACCUGCAUAUUGUCCCCAGCCACCACAGCCUGAGAAUGGAGGCUAUAAAUGCCACCCUAGCCCCUGCAACAACCCUCUGACUUCAGGCAGUGUCAUAGAGUAUCUGUGUGUCGAAGGCUACAUGCUGAAAGGAGAUUAUAAAUACCUGACUUGCAAGAAUGGAGAGUGGAACCCAGCCAUGGAAGUCAGCUGCAGGCUUAGCCCAGAAAAGGACUCUCCCCCAACAAUUGGAGUACCCACGCUGUCCAUAGUAGCCUCCACAGCAAGCUCCGUCGCCCUGAUUCUGCUCUUAGUUGUGCUGUUUGUUUUGCUGCAGCCAAAGCUGAAGUCAUUCCAUCAUAGCAGGCGAGACCAAGGUGUGUCUGGAGAUCAGGUCUCUAUCAUGGUGGAUGGUGUCCAAGUGGCCUUGCCAUCCUAUGAAGAAGCGGUGUAUGGCAGCGCAGGGAACUGCAUUCCACCCUCGGACUCCCGAGUGCAGAUCGUGCUCUCGGAGGGAGCUGGGCAGAACGGAGCCAGAGAGAUGCAGCAGCAGGACCAAGGGGCUCUCAACAGCUUUGAAAGAGAAGAUGAAGCCCCUGGACAUUCUGGACUAUGUGAAGCCAGUGGCUCUCAGCGCUCUGAAACUGUUCUUGUGCAUCAGGCUGCUACCUCUUCCUGGGUAGCUGGCAUGGCUAGCAGUAGACCUGUACAAAAAGAGGUCCAAGAUUCAGAAAGCAGUGACAUACAGAGCCUUUUAUCACUCACUUCCUCCGAGGAAUACACAGAUGAUAUUCCCUUAUUGAAGGAAGCAUGAGGCCUGCUGUGUCUGUCUAGCCUUCUCCCUCUUGGAUUUCUUCCUCCUCCCCUCCCCCUGCCUUUGGGACAGAAGCACUCUGUGCAGCCUUCCCCAUCCUCGCGAGCUGUACCCUGGAUACCUCCAAGCAGAGACGCCCUCAGCUGAAGAUCCAAAGGAUGUCGCCAGGUUGCCUCCUGGAUGCACCAGUGGGGUUGGUGCAGCGCUGGCUUCCCCAUUCCAUCUGCAUCAGGGGCUCAAGGAACAGAGUGGAUUUGAGCUCUUCUUUCCUCUUCCCCAGCCAGAUGUUUGACAGCAGUCUCUGAAGGGCUGCUCUUUUCUCGUGCCUUUCUCCUCCUCACACCGGCUUGUUGCAGCUUGUCAGCCUCUCUAGCCCUUCUGCUGCCCAGAGAGCAGGGCCUAAAGCCGCUUGCUCGCUGGGUGCAGACACAGUUU